AUGUCACAGCUAUUAUUCCCCCAUGAGGCUAAGGAGACUCCAUUGCUCCUCCCAUUGAAUUAUGGGGCAAAAGGCCAGAACCUGAAAUGGAAAGGGUCUUCCAGGAAGAGGACAACUCUGCACUGUCCCUUUGGAUCUCAGUUACCUUUGAGAAGUCAGAAACUUUCUGCUGUGCAGCUGCCACCGAAACAAGGGGAAGAUCACAGGAGAAGACCAACAUCUGUUGGUCUUGCUUUUGCAACCAAAGCAAGGAAGAAAUACAAACAAAUCAAAUGA